AUGACAGUCACAUAUCUCUGCGGGUGUAGCUACUUCACCCACCCUCAAGCAAAGCCAGUCUACCUACCCCGUAUCGGCAUCAAAGCCCACGCGACUAUCCUCUCGUCCGUUUGGAGAACAGUGCUCACCCAGACAUACACAAACCCAUCCAAGAACCUCCUCGAAGAAGUCUCAUAUACCUUCCCGCUCUACGAUGGCGUCAGUGUAGUAAGUUUCGACUGCCUGAUCGGCGACCGCACCCUGCACAGCCGGGUCAAGCCACGCAAGCAAGCCAAGGCGGAAUACGACGAUGCCGUCUCAAAGGGCGAGUCCGCGGCGCUGAUGGCGCAUUCGCUGAGUGCCUCGGACGUGUUCUCCAUUCGACUCGGAAAUGUUGGGCCGGGUGAGAAGGUUGUAGUAGAGAUUACCCUUGUCGGGGAGCUGAAGCAGGAUGCGCAGAGUGAUGCCGUGCGGUAUACGCUGCCUAAUUCCAUUGCGCCGCGGUAUGGCUAUCAGGCGGAGGAUAUGAACAUGCCGCCUGAGGCAGAUGCGGAUGGUAUUUCUAUUACUGUGGAUGCGCAGAUGGAGAGUGCGGCGAUUAUCCGGGAGAUCCAGUCGACGAGUCAUUCGCUGAGUGUGGCGCUGGGACGGGUGUCGGUGUCGGGGCCCAGUGGGACUGACAAGGCAUUCAAUCCGGCGCAGGCAUCUGCACGUGUCAAUCUUAAGGAAGAUCGGACGGCCCUGUCUCGCGACUUUGUCCUCCUUGUCAAGGCAGAUGGACUCGACAUGCCCCGUGCGCUGCUGGAGACGCACCCGACCAUCCCUGACCAACGGGCAAUCAUGACGACUCUUGUCCCGAAAUUUGGCCUUGAGCAAAUCAAACCUGAGAUUAUCUUUGUGAUCGAUCGCAGUGGAAGUAUGAUGGACAAAAUUGACACUCUCAAGUCGGCCCUCAGAGUCUUUCUUAAGAGUCUCCCGGUGGGAGUGUGUUUUAAUAUCUGCUCGUUCGGCAGCUCCUACUCCUUUUUGUGGAAGCAGAGUCUUCUCUACAAUGCCGAGAGUCUCCAGGAAGCUCUGAGCUUUGUCGACGUCGUCCGUGCAGAUAUGGGCGGAACGGAGAUGCAGGAGGCUGUCGAGGCUACGGUCCACAGUCGGCUAAAGGACAAGGAAUUGGAGGUCUUGAUAUUGACGGAUGGGCAAAUCUGGAACCAAGAGGCACUCUUCAAGUUCACCCGUGAGACGGCUGCUGAUAAUAGUGCACGGUUCUUCUCGCUGGGAAUUGGCAAUGGAGCGUCGCAUUCGCUCGUUGAGGGGAUUGCGCGAGCUGGGAAUGGCUUCUCGCAGGUGGUCGUGAACUACGAAGAGCUGGACAGGAAGGUGGUGCGCAUGCUCAAGGGAGCGCUGACACCACAUAUCUCCGACUACAAGCUGGAGGUCGAGUACGAUGAUAGUGGGGAGGAUUUCGAGGUCGUACUCCCGGAGCGGCCGAAGGCCGUGGCUGUCGAUGAGAGGGAAACGAAGCAGCAGCCAAUUUCUCUCUUUGACGCAGACUACAAGGAGGACGAGCAGAAGACGGACGGAGAACCCCUGCCGGUCUUUACACCUCCCCAAGCCAUCCAAGCACCAUACAAUAUCCCACCUCUCUACCCUUUCAUUAGAACCACAGCAUACCUCCUCCUGGGCCCAGCCAUGCAAAAUCCCAAAGCCGUCAUUUUCCACGCCACUUCAAAGGAAGGCCCGCUCGUCCUGCGCAUUCCCAUCGAUGAUAUCGGCAUGGGAGAGACAAUCCACCAACUCGCCGUCCGAAAAGCCAUGAUCGAGCUCGAGGAAGGACACGGCUGGCUCGCCGCCGCAACCAGGAGCGGAAACUCAUUCAACAAUCUCCAUCCCGCCUCAAAAGAGCGCAUCAUCGCUCGCGAAUGCGAGAAACUCGGAACCCAGUUCCAAGUAACAGGCAAGCACUGCUCGUUCAUCGCCCUAGAGAAAGACAGCACCUCGGACCAGGAGAAAGAGAAGGAUAUUGCCGGCCUGCCUACCUCUGAGACUACUGGAGAAGAAAGUACCGUCUACCAGGUUAGUGCAGCAGCGCCCGGCCCUGCUCGCGCCAGGUGCAGGAGACUAGCCUCAAAAGCGCAUAGGAAGGUCCUGCCACCCUCGCCCCCGUCACAAGGGACGCGGUUCAGUGCACGUCUACGGGCAAUGGAUGCCCCACGACCGUCCUCAAAUUCAGAGCAGCGCUGGGCUAAGAGUUCAACGGCAAGCGCAGUCCCAGAGUCGUUAUUCGGUGCGCCUGGAGUUGCAAGAUCCAUAGAUACGAGGGUGUCACCACCUCCACCCCCGGCUCCAGGGACUGAAUCUUACUAUGCUGCCCUGAUGGCGGAGGCGGCCUCUCUCCCCGCCGACUUCUCGGACGAUAUGAUGGAGAUAGAAGACGCAGUCUCUGAUGGCUCGGUCGGGUAUUCCCCCGCGUCUCCUAUCUUGUCUUCUAACAACCUUAAUGAGACGGCCGGGGCCGCAAGCCAAGUCCACAGAAUAAUUGCCCUGCAGUCCUUCGAGGGAUACUGGACUUGGUCAGCGGAGCUGAUGAACGCCUUAGGGCUGGAUGAGCGGGAUAUCCGAGCCCGGCUGAUGCAACUAUUUCAAAAGGACAGCAGAGGGUCUAAUCUGACGGUCAUUGCGACCAUGCUGGUAAUGGCGUAUCUCUCCAUUCACUGUGCGGCAGAUCGGUCAGUCUGGGAACUGGUGUACGACAAGGCUGAGGGGUGGAAGAGGCAGAAGAUUGUGGAGAUGGGGGACGAGGGAAAUGUUCUCAAAGCGAAGGAGCCGGAGAUCAGUGCCUUGGUAUGA